CUUUUGUUUCUCAUUUUCUCUCUCUAUCACUGUGAAAUAUUUUUUUUUCUCUUCGAAUUUCAGACCUAAAAAAAUCCCAUUUUUUUCUCCCCCAAUUUGCUAAAAACCCACUCAAAAAACAGCUCAAAAAAAUCCAGAAAAUCACAAGGGAAGAUUUUAAAGCUCGUUUUCUAUCAAAUGGGGAUUGAUUUUCAGUGACCUGUGAAGAGAUUUUUUUCUGGGCCGAUCAAUCACUGGAGCUUUUGAUCUUAAUUUCUUCGAGAUUCGGAGAAAAGAUUUAUUAAAUGGAUAGCAUUAUUGUUGUGGAAGAAUGCAAUAAGAGAAAUGAAUCUUUGGCUUUGGCAUCCAAAAGUUUAGCUUCAGCUUCACUCGUCCAAAUUAACUCAAUUGCAAUAGAUAUCAAUUGUGCUGCAGAGGAGAUUGAUCAGUCCCCCAAACAUGAGCAUUUUUCGAUACGUGGGUUUGUCUCUGAAAUGAGAAAAAGAGAUAGGAAAAAAUGUAAUCCAUUUGCUUCAGAAGGUGAAAGUAAUAACAGCGGUAUGGAUUUACCUCCAUUAUCCGUUCCCAAAUUCCGGUGGUGGCAAUGUCCGAACUGUGUGCCUGAAUUUGGGGAUCAUGAAAGCAAUCUUGGUAUGAUAUUAGCGGAUAAAAGUGUUAUUGCUGAAGGAAAUUGUUGUGAGAAUGUAAAUUCUGGUGAAAAACAAGGUUUGCUCACACAUAGCAUACAAACAGGUAAUGAGGAGACUAAUUAUACGAGUGAUAAGAUAAUAGCUUAUAAUAAUUCAUGGUGCACAGAUGGAUAUAAAGCUGCUGCAGAUAUUAGGACUACAGAAGCUGGACCUUCUUGGACUGAUGUUCCGGAAGCUAAUCAGAUCCAGCUAAUAGAGGCACCUGCAAAAUCUUCUGAUGCUUCAGAUAAAGUAUGCUCAGCUGGAAAAGCAUCUUCUGGCAGCGACAAUACUAUUGCCUAUAGUGCAUUACCUCACAAACGCAAACCGAAAUUGAGGUCUUUGGCCGAUAUUAUAAACGAGGAACGAAAUUUCGCGUUCGAACAUCCUAGAACGAAAUCUCUAUCAUCAUCUUCACAGACAGAAGACGAUUCGAAUCUUCAGCCUCGGUUAGAUGUCUCCUUGGAUGCUGCUGCUGCGAAAAGUACGAAAACGCCCCUGAGGAAAAGAAAGAAUAUAGUUCAUGAGGAUGAUGGACCUCCCGAGACAAGCUCACCCACAUUUAUGGCCAAGAAAUCGAAAGGCUCGAUUUUAGAGCCAGAGAAUAAUAUUAAGUCAUACAAAAGAGUUGAAAUUUCAGAGUCAGACUCGGAAAAUGUAAGAACUGCAGGAAAGGCUCUGCCUAGUAAGUCCCGAAAGCAAAAAGCUAUCGACAUGAAUAGGAAAUCGAGGCGAACAAUUAUCGAGAACAGGACAGCUGUGCAGAUGAUGAGUAAUUCUUCUCUGCAUUGUGCAAAUCUUGGAAAUAAUUUCGGCAAUAUAGGCGAAUUGGGCCCGAUUUUCAAGAAAUCUGUAUCUGGACAUGAAAAAAUGGAUGUUUUCUCUGAUCUGUCGAAGGGUAAGAGGCCCGAAGGGCAUUGUACUGUCCUGGAAAAAGUUGUGUUGGACCUUUCCUUGAGCAGCUAUAUGGGUGCUGAGAUGAAUUCUAAAAACCAAGAAUCUUCUGGAAAGUGUACGGGUAUUCCCGAUUUGAAUGAGUCGUUUGUUGAUAAAACGAAUGUGAUGGAAGGGCAGCAAGUGCCAGACUUUAUUGAGACGAGGAGUUUCGCUGUACAUGAAUAUUUGGAUAUAUCUGCCCCAUCCAAUAACGAGCCUGCCCAAAACAUAUAUUAUAAUAAUAAUACUGUAAUUGAACGUGGGCCCUCCUCGGAUGAUAUCCCGAUGGAAAUAGUCGAGCUCCUGGCCAAGAAUCAACACGACAAGGCCCACGACAAUUCGAGAAAACAUCUCGGGCCCGAAGGCAUCAAUAAUAAUUCUUUUAAACAGGCCCAUUAUGUUGAAAAUAACCGUGGCCCGUUCAAUUUUCCUUUCAGAACCGGCCCAAACGUCGCGAGUGGUAAAAUGGGACUCGGUCAGGAAUUCUUAAAUCCGGACAAGGCCCAAUUCAGACACUUGAGCCCGUUAACAGCGGCCCACCAGAGGAUACCGCUUUAUCCGGGCCCAAAUCCCCUGUCCAGGCCCAAACCAAGGGAGGGUGUGGAUCUAUUAUGGCCCCCAAGGAGAAAAAACGUGACUUUCGAUCUAACGGGUUUGGAUGAUCAAAGCUAUAGGGGCAAAAGUGUUGGUUACUUGAGCGUUGAUCAGGGGAAAAAAGCUGCAAAUGAUGAGUCUUUGGUCAAGGAGGGGAAAAUCGGGCUGACGGGCUGUAGGCCCGUUGGGCCCAUUGAUGCGUAUUCUAACGAGACAAUCCCAGCCAUGCAGCUGCUCUCCUUAAUGGACCAAGGGGCUGUUUCGGGCUCAUCGUUCAAAGUCGGCCCGAAUAAUAAUUUUCUCGAUAGACAAUUCUCUCCAUGCAACCAUCACCCGAGGCUGAAUAAAAACGAUAGCCCGAACGAAAAAUUCGUUGGCUCCUCUUCAUUUUUUGUGAAAAGUAACCAUAUCAACGAUUUUCCUACUUUGCUCAACGGUGCUCGUUUUUCAGGCGAAAGCUCGAAGAAAUCUUUUUCACAAGUCCAAAUAUUGCCGCCACAAAAAGGAUAUUCAAAAGCUGUCGAUCAACUGGCGGACCCCAGUAAUCUUGCAAGGGCUUCGAGAAGUGAUGAUCUUAAGCUGGAGAUUUGCACACUCAAUCGCAACCCGGCUGAUUUCAGCAUCCCAGAUUCGAAAAAUGUGUUCAUGAUAAGCGCGAAAGAUUUGAAACCAAAGAAAAGGAUUUCGUCCAAGGAUAGAGCUCGGCCUGUGAAUUUUGACGGCCCAAAAAAGCCAAAGAUGAGAAAAAACUCGUCCGUAAAGAAAGCCAGAGAGAAUAACAGUCGAGAGGGUUAAUGAAUCCUUUCGAGCUUUACAAAUCUUUUCUUUUUAUGUAGAAAUCUUGUUUGAUCAUCUCCUUUUUUGUUAUGGUUU